CUAGCGGAUCUAUUAGGUGAUGGAUCUCAUAAUGUAGAACAGCAGUUUUACGAGUAUGUGAAAUCAACCUGCCCACAGUCCAUAAGCGCACAGACCACCUAGGAAAGUACAGAAGGAAAACAAUGACAGCUAUCAGAUGAAAAUAUUCCCAUAGCGCCUGUAUAGAUAUAGGUUAAGAAGAGUAGAAGGAGUAGUAGAAGAAGAAAAAACCCGUUAGCAAAUAAGGACACUGUGUUUACUUUGUCGAAGGAUUGUAGAAAUGAUCCAAUGCCUUUAUUUCCCGAAGCAAACUACAAUGUUUGUCGUGGCUUGCAGCUUCGCGAGUUGUUUGAAUUUUUUUUGAUGACGCUUAUUAGAGCAUAUCGUGCAAUGUUCAUCAUUGCAUGCCACAAAGAAAUUUGAAAAACCUGUGUUGAAUAUCAAUAUUCGUGAAUUGCGCACAUUCAUUGGUAUACUUUUAAUAACCGGCUACAACACCGCUGCUAAUGUGAAUAUGUAUUGGAACAGCUCAGAGGACUUACGCAACGAACUAAUUGUACAAGCCAUGCGUCGAGACCAUUUUAAAGAAGUUUGUAGGUGCUUACAUUUUGAACCUAACCUGGUUGCGCCUAAUGAUAAUGAAAAAUUUUGGAAGUUGAGACCUAUGACAGACCAUUUAAAGGCCAAUAUGUUGAAGCACUUCCAUCCAUGCCAACAACUGUCUUUCGAUGAGAGUAUGAUUGCGUACUACGGUCGAUACGGAUGCAAGCAGUUUCUAAAAGGCAAACCUAUCCGUUUCGGCUACAAAGUUUGGUCUUUAUGCACUCCGUCCGGAUACCUAGUCAAUUUCGACAUAUACCAAGGAAGAAAUCCACGUUCAAACACGGAAUACGAACAGUGCUUUGGAAAGUGUGCAGCACCUCUCAUAAACAUGAUAAAUGAUUUUGACGAAAACACAAGGAGUUUACCAUUUUCUUUCUAUUUCGACAACCUUUUUACAAGUUUUCCAUUACUGACUUAUCUGAAGACGAUGGGGUACACUGGAACAGGAACGGUAAGAGAAAAUCGUAUUCCUUCCAGCUGCCCUUUGAAAACAAAAGUGGCAAUGAAAAAGUUUAAUAGAGGUUCAUUCGAAACUGCUACAAUAGAAAAUAUUGGAAUAAAGCUGACUAAGUGGGUUGAUAACUCAGUUGUGUGUGCCGCUUCAACUUGUUACGGUAGCUCGCCAAUUUCAUCAGCUUCGCGAUACUGCAAAAAAGCUGGGAAAAAGAUCGCCAUUCCACGUCCAUGCGUGAUAACGGAGUAUAAUAAAUACAUGUGCGGUGUUGAUAGGCUCGAUCAAAACGUAAAUAUUUACCGAAUAGCAUACCGGGGAAAGAUGUGGUGGUCUUCAAUAUUUACUUGGCUUAUUGACGUUGCAGUAUCCAAUGCUUGGCACCUUCAACAGAGUUCGAAGAAGCUUUCGCAAUUAGAGUUUAGACGUGAAAUCGCAGUAUUUUAUUGCAAACAUUACGGCGAACCGCCGGUUCAACCUCGCCCGAAACGACCCCGGCUGCACGAUGGCGUACAUAUAUAGAAACAUCCGCUUUGAUCACACUGAUCAUUUUAUUGAACCAAUCAUAAAUAGACGUCGCUGCUUA